AUGCCUCCGAAGAAGGUUCUCGGCGAAAAGCGCCUCACGGCUGAGGAAAAGAAGCGCAAGGAAGAGAAGGAGAAGAAGGAGAAGGAGAAGGAGAGGAAGGAGCGCAAGGCGCAGCUCGCGGCAGACCGGACGUUUGGUUUGAAAAAUAAAAAUGUUUCCGCCAAGGUUCAGGCGAGAGUGGAGGAGUUGAGACGAGACGCGCCGACGAAGGAGGCCGAGCGCGCGCGCGCGGAGGCUCGCGCGCGGGAGAGGAAGAAACAGAAGGAGGCGGAAGAGGCGGCGAAGCGAGAGUUGGAGAUUUUGAUGGGCGUUCGGUCGGAAGUGGAUCGCAAGGUGACAGACCCGGAGGACGGAGAUGACUUGACCGGCGAAAUGGGGGGGAUGUCCUUGGAUGGAAACGAGGCCGAUGGGGUACAGGAAGAACGUCACAAGCUCACGGAGGAGAAGCGUCGUGAAAUUUUAGCACAAAUUGAGUUGGAGAAGGCUCGCGAGAAGGCGGAGGAGCUGAAGGCCCAGGCGGCGUUUAGUCCGUAUCGCGUUGACGACGAGGGAUGGUAUGAUUCGGACGAAGAUCCGAUCGAACUCUUGAGAAUGGUCGCUGGGAAUAAGCGGGCGAUCAUCAUGCCUAGGAGUCACCGCGAUGCACAGAUGGCGGACUAG